GUUGAAAUUUCACCGUCGGGUUUGUGUCAAGAGCUCAAGAAGAAUGGCCCGAGUCGUCAGGAGAGCUGCGUCGGCUUCGGCCAGGCGCGCUCCUAGUCGGGCCGUUCAGAGGAGAGCUCGGAAACACAAGGUCAUUAUGGAGUCUGUCACUCAGGAGAAAAAGAAACUUCGAACUGUGAUUUCUUUCGAGGCUCGAGCACCCAGUGGCUAUACCUUCAUCCCCGCGGGAAAUCCACUUCUCACGUCUACAUGUAAAGAGCGGUGCCGCAGAGAGGGGCUUCCAAUCCAUGCGGUCUCGACAACCCCCCAUGCCAACACCCAUAACCUGUCCCAACACGUUCAUCGGAUAGGGUUUCAUUUUCCGAGUACCGUGGUUGCAGCCGCCUGUUCAGAACUGGGUCUGUAUCUCACGAGUUCAGGGAAGGCGGUGCCUUUUCACACCCUUGGCAGUCUAGACAACCCCCCACCAGUGGACUCCGAGGUUUCCCAACUCACCAUUAACACGGAGGCGAGAGAUGCCAUUAAAGACUUGUUCCCAAAUAUUCCGCAGGAUGAUUUGUACCAGAUUAUAAAAACUGCGUUUCAAAAGGGUCAGCGGAAAGUCGGCACGGCAUCUGGGUUGCCUUUGGCUCGCAGAGCGCAAUUGGCGGUGGUCGCGCAUAUCCGACAUAUCUACACUGAUUAUGACCGUCUUUUGAAGCAGAAGUCGUUCCACGAAGCAAGGUCAGCGGUUGAGCAAACUACUCUGACAAAGGUCAUCCAAUGGCGUGGAGAUGAUGAAAAUGGCCAGACCGUCCUUGAGGAUGUUUUCCGCGAAGUGAUUGUCAUAUCCGACGAUGAAGAUAGCGAGACAGAAGAUGAAGUGGGGACUCGAGACCAGAGUGUGGACGUUCUAUCCAGCAGUACCCGGAUUCAGGAUGUUCAAACCCAGCCGGUCAAUGUCGGGGUUCCUACAAACGCAGACCUUGCGAGGGAGCUCUCUGAAGAGGCUCCGCCUGGUUUCCGGUUUGUUGCCAGGAUGCCGGCCAAGAAGGCCAUCGACCGUCGAGGUUUCAACAGGUAUCAAGCGUGGAAUCGGGCCUUGCAUCGUUUCCGUGCCGAAGCACAAGGCACUGAGCAGGUCCGCCUCGGUGACGCCCCGGCUGAACAGCAAAGCCCACGCAACGCGAAGCGAUCCGCUGCUGCGCAAGAAUUAUCAGACCCAGUCAGGCGCCGGGACGCCGCUCCCCAGCCCAUGGAAUUUGUCUCUAGAGCCGAUCCAGGUCUCAUACAGGUCAAUCGCCCAGUACAGCGAAUACCUGGCGUUCCCUCAACGGAUAAACCGAGCAGCAACGGUCAUCAUGUAGGUACUCAGGAAAGACAGCCUCCUUUGGAAACUCAUCGUGCAUUUCCUCGAUACGGGCCUGGUGGAAGGCCAUUCCCACUAACCACAAAACAGCCACCUGAAGUGCGUCCUUUCGAGCAGAAUCUUCGUCCAAGUGGGAACAUGGUCUACUCCCAGGGUACAUCUCAUGCCGAGCUGGGUCCCAAUUCUCAGGCCGAAAGGUUUCCUCUCCCGACUAAUGGCAGAGCGGAUGCACCUGUCUUUGUUAGCGGACUCAAGGAGCCUCAGCAGAUUAGCGAGACCCAAGUUGGAUCCCGACCCGGAUUCCCCUUUUCUUAUCAUUCCAGACCAGGAGCCAUUCCACAGGACCUUGCUUUGCCCUCGAUUGAAAAUCCUUGGCCUCUGGAAAAGCGGCUUGUGGAUGGCCGACUAGAGCAGCUGACGAAGAGGAUGUCGCUUCGUUCCGUAACCCCAGUUCAUCUUCAGGGAGAUUCCUCCAAGCAUGGCAAUGCUGGGCCACCAGGCAGUCCCGAUGACUCGACUGUCAAAAGAAGGCGCAUAGCACAGUAUGCCCCUGGUGCAGACUCACACCCCGAUAACUGGAACGCAAGGCCCAAUGGGAUCCCCGUCUCUCAAGGAUUGAGCCCAAGAGGACAAUAUCGCCGCGAGGAACUCGUACUAGAGCAUCGCUCGCAGGACGUGCCUUCUCUUCGACGAGACUAUCUCCCACGAGUGGAACAGCCUCCAGUUGUAGGAUACUCGCGAGAAAGAAGGCCAGUUCCUCUUGCUGCCGUGCCUGCCAGCCAGGAUGUGAGGCCACCAGUGAUCCGGAUGCAUACUAUCGAUCCUCAUCAGCACACCUCCACGCAUCACCUUCCACAGGCGCUUUCUGGCCCAAAUGGCAGUUAUACUGCAGGCGACCGCCCAUUGAGGGUUGCACUGGAAAAAUCCCGUCCUGAGAUUCGUCCUAUCUACUAUUCUGAUCGUAGCCCCCGCAUGGAUCGAGCCCGACCCUCAACGCUUGAAGAGCCAUACACCCCCAUUUGGAAGACCUAUGCUGAUGGCGAUCGUCCUUUCCAUGAGGCUCCUCCCGGCGGGAAACAAUACGCCGAUGGCUUUGUUCGCCACGUUGAUAUUCGCGAGGUCCGUCCGGUCGAGUAUUUGAUUCAGCGUCCGAGACCCCAGCCCACACGUCCGGGAGAGAAUCUCAGCCAGCCCGCCAAGAUGAGGAUCCCUGAUCACUAUAAUACCAUGAACAAGUCCCAUGUCCGGGCUUCGUCGGAGCAGUGUCAGCCCCCGAGUCCACGGGUAGUGACCCGAAUAUCUCACGAUCAGCUCUCCCGUCGUCCCGAGGCUAUAUCUGGAAGCCACAAGCCUCAUGGGUCUCCUCGCCAAAGACGCCCUGCUAGCGGGUUGGGCACCACGCGCCGGGUUCAUGAUCCCCGAUCUUUUCAAAUGGCCGAACAGAACCGUCCGGUUUAUGUCCAACAAGUCGAAUCGCAACCGCCGCAGCACACCGUUCUAGACGGACGACAUGUGGUCAUUGUUGAUUGAAGGGGAAGGGGCUCGCGGCGUUAAAGG